UUAAAGAGAAAUUGUAAAUUGGUUAAAAGUGAUAGGGUUUAUACUUUUUUUAAGGGUUAUUUAUUUUUAUUUUUUUGUGAAAACAUGCCAUUUAUAGUGUGACGUCCCAAAAUAAAAUACAUGUCACUUAUAAUGAGACGAAGGGAAUAAUAUGUUCUCACUAAUUAUAUAGCGAAAUCAAAUAAACUGAGUAUUAAAACCGGCAUAAUUCACACGUGAACAUAAUAAAUUCAUAAUAUAAUAAUCAAAUCCAUAUAUAGUCAAUGUGGGCAGACGAAUGUUCCAUCACUACAGCGAUAAUUUUUGUCAACCUAAUGCAUGCCAUCACUAAUGAAUUAAAAUUCUUAAAUGUUUACAAUGUCCUAACCAUAAAAAUAAAAUCCAACGUGAAACAUUGAUAAUAUAUAUUUGCAAUUAUUCAUGAUAAACUUUCACUCAUCUUAUAAUUUUAACACGAUUUCAAAAGUAAUCGUGUCACUAUUUUUUAAAUUUGUUGCAAAAAUAAAACUCGCAUAUUUUUUAAUGCGUCACAAUAUUCAGAGAGUUGACAUGACAUGCAUCAACAAAGAGUUGACAUCGUUCCCCAAAAUAUGAUUCCAUGGAUUUCGAUAUUUUUAAUUGGAUCACACGUCAAUAUUUUUGUUAAUUUUACAAAAUAUAAGUGAAAAUUUGAAAAUAACCCUAGCUAUUAUUUGAUACUAUAAAAAAAAUGUUUUGUCUUCAAGUACGGCAUCACCAAUUAUAUUGCAUGGGAACUCUAUGUCCUUUUUUGUGUCUUUUAACUUUCUCAACUCUUCAUCUGAAAAUCAAUUAAUUAGUACUUAGUAGUAUUCAUUAAAUACAGUCCCUAAAUCACGACCAAAUUUACAACAUCUACAAUUUCUGACUUCUCUCCUCCCCCUUCUAUAAAAACAAACACAAAUCACCCAACCACCAAGAACUAUAUAAUAUCCACCCCCACCCCACCUAAAAGAAGACAUCAAAAAGAAGAAGAAGAAGAAGAAGAAAAGUUUCAAGCAUGGAAGAUAGUCUAUUCUGUUCCUUUUUGUACCUUUUAGUUCCAUCAAUUCUUCUGAUUUUCUUGAUAAAAGUUGUGGUUCAUGAUUUUUGGUGGAUACCCACAAGAAUUGAGAAUCAUUUCAUGCAACAAGGGAUUAAGAGCCCAAAAUAUGAGUAUUUCUUGGGAAAUUUAAAAGAGAUUUCCGCCUUAAUUUUGAAGGCUUCUGCUGAAUCGAUGCCUCUCUCUCAUGACAUUCUCCCCAGAGCUCUCUCCUUCUUUCAUCUUUGGAAGAAGAUAUAUGGUUCUGUUUUUCUUAUAUGGUUCGGGCCGACUCCUCGUCUCACAAUAUCUGAUCCAACCAUUAUCAGAGAAAUAUUUUUUUCAAAAUCAGAAUAUUUUGAGAAAUAUGAUCCACCAUUACAAGUAAAAAGAAUAGAAGGUAAUGGUUUGUUGAAUCUUAAAGGAGACAAAUGGGCUCACCAUAGAAAGAUUAUGCAACCAUUUUUUCGCAUGGAAAACCUCAAGCUAAUUGCACCAAUUAUGGCUAAAACCAUGGAUGAAGCACUAGUGAAAUUGUCUGAAGAUAUGUCCAAAAAUGGAAGUUUGGAGAUUGAGAUUGAAGUAUCUGUUUGGUUCCAAAAUUUGUUGGAAGAUGUAAUUACCAAAAUCACCUUUGGUAAUAACUAUGAAGAAGGAUUAGUAAUUUCUAAACUCCAAGCACACCAAACAGCCCAUGCCACUGAAGCUUAUCAGAAUGCUUUCAUACCUGGUUAUAGGUUCUUGCCAACAUCAACAAGUAGAAUUUCUCGGCGAUUAGCUAAAGAAAUUCGGAAAUCGUUGUUGAAACUUAUUGACCGGCGAAGGGAAAGCAGUAAUCGAGACAACAAAAAUGAUCGCCCAACCGAUUUAUUGGAGGUGAUGAUCAACGCCGCCGAUGAAUCGGGUCGCUCAGAUGAUCCAUCAACCGUAACGGAUAACGACGUCGUAGAGGAAUGCAAGACGAUCUUCUUCGCCGGCACGCAUACGACGUCGGCCAUGCUGACGUGGACGGCCGUGCUCUUGGCCAUGCACAUCCACUGGCAGGAUGAGGCACGUCAGGAGGUUUUGAGGGUGUGCGGAGCACGUGACACUCCAACUAAAGAUCAUCUUGCCAACCUCAAAUUGUUGGGAAUGAUUAUAAAGGAGUCUGUGAGAUUGUACCCACCAGUAGUAGCGAUGAUCAGACGGGCCAGAGAGGAUGUGCAGUUGAACGGGAUCCACAUUCAGCAGGGUACUGAGCUCUUGAUCCCAAUCAUAGCCGUUCAUCAUGAUUCGACUCGAUGGGGCGACGAUGUACACGAUUUUAACCCAAUGAGAUUUGCGGAAGGUGCGACCCAAGCCGCGGACCACCCAAUGGCUUUCCUCCCCUUUGGGACGGGCGCCCGCCGAUGCAUUGGCCAAAACCUGGCCAUUCUAGAGGCCAAGUUAGCCAUCGUCAUGAUUCUUCGCCGUUUCUCUCUUCAUCUUGCACCCAAGUAUCGACACACGCCUUCGGUUCUCACGUUACUCCAUCCGCAGCAUGGUGCACCUAUUGUGUUUACCAAAUUAUCUCAUCAUGUAAAUUGAAUUUUAGUAUUUAAUUAGUAGUAGACUCUCUUUGUUAAUUUGAACAUUCAAAAAAUUGGUGUUUCAAUGGAAGUUUGCAGUGAAUACCUAAAAAUUGGCAAGUGAAGAUCGCAGUUAUAGAAUGCGUGGAUUCAUAAGA